AUGGCUGAUGCAGUAAAGAAAGGUGCUGAUGCUGUCAAAGAUAAAGUAUCAGAAGUUACAUCAGGAGCUAGUUAUGAAGCUAACAAAAGUGCUGCUAAAGAUUCCGAUCGUUCAGUUGGAGAUCGUGUUAGUCAUGGUGUUGAUGCUGUAAAAGAUAAAGUUGAUGAAAAGACAUCUGAAGCAUCAAAAGAAUCAAAUAAAAACAGUGCUGAAAAUGAAGCUAAAGGUAUUGUUGAAACUGUCAAAGAAAAAGCUGCUGAAGCAUACAAUUAUGUUGCUGGUGCUGGUGGAGAAGGCGAAGGAAAAGGUCUUGUUGAAACUGUCAAAGAAAAGGCUACUGAAGCUUACCAUUAUGUUGCCGAAAAAGUAACUGAAGCAACACAUGCUGUAACUGGUGAAGCUAAUAAAGAAGUAGCUAAAGACAGCAAUCAAUCAGUUAGUACACGUGCAGGUGCAGCUGUUGAUGCUGUUAAAGACAAGGUUGAAGAAAAAACAAGCGCAGCUAAAGCUGAAGCUCAUAAACAUGAUUUAUAA